AUGGAUCUCAUAAAUUUUGGAGAAAUCGGAGAUCAGGUAUGUUUUUAGGCUUGAAAUUCGUCAUUUUGUUAUUCAAAAAUUAAGUUAGAAAUUGUUUCUUCGCGAGAGAAGGAAAUUAGAAAAAAAGUUUCGCAAUCUAGUUUGUUUUUUAUUCGCUAAAUGAAUGAGUCAACUUUAUUUGAAACACACAGUGAUUUAUGGGUGAGUAUAAAAUAUUUCCUACGUUUGAAAUUUAGAAUACAACACUUUAAGAGGCCAUAAAUUAUAUAAUUGAAAAGUUGAAUUCAAUCGGUUCUGAGAUUUAGUUGCAAAAAUACUAUUUUUGAUUAUCAUACGGAAUUCAUUCAUGAAAAACUGUUGUGAAGUUCUAAUUAAACUUUUUAUUGAAAACUCUAUCUUGUUAAAAAAUUCAACUGUGAAGCUUUGUUCUGAAGAUCGAUAUCAUGCAUUUUCAAUAUCAAAAUAGCAUAGUAAAUUUUGUUCAGUGAAGAAAAUGAAAUCAGAAGCAGAUUCGUGAGGCUUCAUUUUAAGAAGCCACUCUCAAAACAAUGGGACUUUAUGGCGAGGGGAUCAAUAUUUCAUAUUCCACAAAGAAAGGUCCUACAUCGAUUUAUUCCGUCAAAAACGAUCCUAAUGUUAGUACUGAUUUUUGAACACAACCAACAAGCUAAAUUACCAAGAGGGCGACACCGGAAAUUUGAACUUUGACUCGAAGAAAACUAGAAAAACCUUCUUUGAUCUCACAUCAAUGAAUUUCUCGACCAAUGAAACAUUGGAGUUUCCAAACUCAUAGAUCUUGCAAAAAAAAUCUUGAUGAAAAACGCUGCAAAAUUAUUAAAAUAUUGCAAUUGCAAGCUCAUUUACUCAACUAGAAUGCAAUAAUCUUACAUUUCCAAUUUGGUAUUUUAUUUCAUUUCAAUUCAAAUAUAUAUAAAUUUCUCCUUUGCCUUCAUCAUCAUACAAAACGCAAUAAAAUGUGGAGAAAAGGGCGUGUGUUCACCCAGUAUGUCAACAAACCUAACAUCGCAAAAAAGCCCUUUCUCUGACAAAACCCUUUUUUCGUUUUUUCGUCGUUUUUUUUCUGGUUUCCCAAGUACCCUCUUUACAGAUGACGUUUUUAUCCAAAUAAUAUCAGUUUCAAAUAUAUAUAUAUGAGCCGCUCAUUUGUUUCUCCAUUUCAAGAAUACUUAUCCAACCGACCUCCUUCAUUUUAUUCCAUUUCAAUUUCUUCUCUCAUUUAUUCCUCAAUUGUAGGAAUUUAUUUUUAUUCUUGAUUUUAUUUUUCUUUGCAAUUGCUGACGUCUUCCUUCCUCAAAGUCAAGAAAAUGCUAAUAUUUUAUUAUUCAUGAAGAUCUUUUACAUCUUUUAAACGUGGGAGGACUCCAAUUUCACUUGAACUUAAUAGAAGUUUUCCUAUAUUCUCAUAUAAGUUUUAUUCUGUCUCUGUGGUUUUACAUAUGGUUUCGUUUAUACACAUGUCAUUCAUUGAUCAGUUUUUAUAUACAUCCGGUCUAGUUAACUAUUGUUUUUUUUGUUGCUGUUUCUGUAUCUUCAAAAGUUUACUCAUUUUCUUACUCAUUCUUUUGAAUACUAUUUUUUUCUUAAGGAGGACACCGAACUCCCAUAAUCAUAAAUAAAAAAAAAGGAUUAUAGUUUUUUUUCAAAAAAAAAUUGUUACUGCAGACGCAUAUUUUUUUCCAAAAUGUUCAAUAUUGUGUUUUUUGCAGGUUCAACAUUAUCUCAACAUGGAAGCCUUUUGCAACGUCGAUAAUAGUUCGCAUUUCACAACAGAAAUGAAAUAUGAACUUGAACAUAUCAAAAACUUUUUCACCUAUGCUCAAGUUAUAUUCUGUUUCAUCGGUGUUUUUGGAAAUAUCUUGAAUUUGCGAACACUUCAAAGUCCAAGUCUUCAAACAGUUCCAUUUAUGUAUAUUCGAGCAAUGGCUGUUUUUGACUUGGUAACUUAAAAAAGAGUUGUUUUAUAUUGUAAUAUUUGAUUUUUAGAUUGCUCUAUCCUUGAUAAUGUUUCAUUUUGCGAUAAUGGAUUUUAAGAAAAAUAUAUUCAUUAUGAUAUAUACUACAUAUAUCGAUGCUCCGGUGAUCAACACAUUUUUAAUUGCUGGUUUAUACAGUGCACUUCUACUCACAAUUGAAAGAUAUAUACUUAUUGCUUAUCCUCACACUUGCCAAUCUGAAAAUCCUCGUCGAUGUGCAAAACGUAGAAUUGGGAUGAUGCUGUUUGUUUCAGCAGUUAUUCAUUUUCCAAUGGUUUUUCAACGAACAAUGAGGCAAGAUGAAAAUGGCGAAUAUAGUAUGACGAAUAAUGUGGAACUACUUUGCAAGUCAGUUUUUUUUCAAUUGAACAAUUCAAAAACUAUAUUUUUCCAGAGAACCAAAUUGGAGCAUUUAUAGUUGGUACAAACUUGGUCGAGAGUGUCUUCGCUUUUUCUUUGUUAUCUUGAUGACAGUUUUGAAUUUGAUUAUUGCCAGACAAUUGCAAUUGACAAAAAUGAGACGACGAAGACUAGUUCGAAGAAAUACACCACCAAAAGGCGAGAUUUCAGAAGGAGAACAAGAACAUGUUAAGUGAGUGGAAAAAUUCGAAUUGAAAUCCGAAAUCUUCGAUUGUUUCAGGAAAGAAGAGUCAACUCUUAUGAAAAGUUUCACCGAGAAAAAAUUGACAGCAUUGAUGAUCUCAAUUUGUUUCAUUUUUAUUUUGGGAAAUGUACCACAAAUGAUUGUUAUGGUUUUGCAAAACGAAGCAAUGGAAAAUGUUUUUGGAUUCCAGGUAGAAAACACAUUUUUACUUGCAAUCAAACAUCAUUUUAAGGUUUAUCGAUAUUGUUCAAACAUGUUGGAAGUUAUGAAUCAUUGUCUGAACUUUUAUGUGUUUUGUAUGGCGAGCAGUGAAUAUACUCGUGCAUUCCUCCUGAAUUGCAUGUGUCUUCGUAGAAUUCUACUUCGUUUCCCAUCAAUCGCAAAAUUUCUUUCAAAUCGAAGAUCCAGUAGUGUUCUAGCAACAAGUUCAGGCGGUUUUGGAAUGGCAAACAAGGAAUAUUUGAGUAUGGAAUCAAUUGGAGCAGAAGCAAGAGAAUGGGUUGUUGAUUCCAGUAUGUGACUAGAACUCCAGAAAGUGUAUCUUUAAAAUACAACAAAUAAUAAUUUAAGGUUCAAGUCCGUAUGCACAAGCUGAUACGAGACUCAAAAGUAUUCUUGUAACACCAAGUGGAAGUAGCAGUGAACAACAACAAGAAAAUCGACAGAAAAAAUCUUUGACAAUUGUCAAUCAUCACACUGAUGUUACGGAUCUCGAUCAAGAGGAUGAAGAUGAAAUUGAUGAAUUAUAA